ACCUUUUGCGUCCUUAACCCUCGCUCCAACAGAGCACAGAAGAAACCACCAUCGAUUCUUCAUCAGGGAAAAGCAUCCAAAGAAACCUUGCAGCACGGAAGUAUGGCACUCAGGGCACUCGAUAACACGCCGGAGCAUACGCCGGAGAGGCCUAAAAAGGCUCCCAAGAAAUCAGUUUGUGCUGGAAUUGAAAAUCAUCUCGCCGGGAAUGAAGAGAACACCGUGCCGGGCAGCCGAUCCCCUGCCAUUGAGAAGGCACAGGAGGACCGGGUAGAUUACAUUGCCUCGGCAGAUCUUCAGCCACUGCUGGAUCCUGAAAAGACAGCACAGAAUUUGCUACAAAGAUUGGAGUCGAAGGAUUGGAUUAAGGUGUGUGAGGCUCUGAACGACGUGCGCCGAUUGGCGAUCUAUCACUCUGCUUCACUGACAUCACUCUUGGAUAGGGUCGUAUUGUUGCUCGUGAAGGCAAUGAAGAAUCCAAGGAGUGCACUUUGCAAGACAUCCAUUAUGACUUCCACUGACCUCUUUAAUGGAUUUGGACAUGUCUUCCUCUCUCCUCCCAUGUCAGAUGUCAUUGACACCUUGCUACUGCAACUGCUGCUGAAGGCUUCCCAAGACAAGCGGUUUGUAUGCGAAGAAGCUGAAAUGGCCUUGAAUGCCAUGGUGAAGUCCUCCCCUGCACUUCCUCUAUUGAGGAAGCUGGAGCAUUAUGUGAACCAUUCCAAUCUCAGAGUGAGAGCAAAGGCUGCCGUUUCCAUUUCUAACUGCAUCGCCAAAUUGGAAAUGGAACCGAUGAAAGAAUAUGGAUUCUCAAAAAUCUUACACAUUGCUGCCGACUUGCUUAAUGACCGGCUCCCAGUAGCACGAGAUUCAGCUCGUAGCAUUAUCGCAUCAGUUCAUGCUGCAUUCUCAAAGGAUCAUGGACAACAUGAUGAAGAGGGACAAUUACCUGAGGAUUCAUGGAAGAGUUUUUGCGCGACUAGCCUGCCACCCAUUGCUGCACAAGCAGUGGAAAAGAUAGUUCAACAGCAGUAGAUUUCCGAAAAUGACGUCUGUUGACAGAAAAAGUUGAGAACAAGGAUUUUUGUUCUUGACUGGAUAUUCCAUAUUUCCAAGCGACACUUGAUUUCUUUUUCCGUUAAAACAAUUAUCGACUUUGUUUGAUGAAUCUUUUGUAAAGUUUUAGCUGGCUGCGGCUGUUUUCAAUU